GUCAUGUGACAUUGACAAUGACAAGUGACAUGUACUCGUAUCGUAUGUGAUUUCUAAUUUGUAAAUAAAGAAUUUAUAUAAAAAAAUUGAAUAAAAUAGGCAUAAACAAUUUAAAAGGUCAAAAAUAUCAUGUCGAUUGUCUUGACGAAGGCAGCGCUUGCCUUGCAAAAUGCGGAGAAAAAUUUUCAGGUCGUAAAAUUCGAGGCCCACAAGCCGAAGAAGAAACAUGUGGAAGAAGAGAGUACAGUUGAAUCAAAACAAACCCUAUCAUCCAAGAGCGACUUGGAUUUGAAAAAGAUACGUCACGAAAUCGUUAAAUUUGGAAUGUCGGGUUUUGAUACAACAAAAAAAGAGCAAGCCAAAAUAGCUCUGCUUGUGAGUCUAGGUGCUAAACCACCAAAGCGACAGUAUGAAAAUUACAAAGAGCUCAUGAAGAGAAGGAAACAGGAGAAACAGAACAAGGAAGAUGAGAAGAAAUUGAUGUUAUCCAAAAGUAUGCUGACUACAGGUAGCAAGAAAAAAAAGAAAAGUGCAAACAAUGAUGUAGGACAUCUCUUGAGUAGCUAUGGAAAGAUUCAGAAGAAAGAUCUAAAAAAAGAUGAAAGUAAAGGUAAAGGAAAGAAGAAGAAAAAACCAAAAUUAAUAUGAGUUAACAUUAAAAUUAAACAGUUAAUACAA